CGGCAGCGGGAUGGAGCGCAGGAAGGUCUUCGUGGUGCUCGACGUGCUCUGCCUGGCGGUCGCGUCUCUGCCCUUCGUCAUCCUGACGCUGGUGAACUCCCCGUACAAGCGGGGCUUCUACUGCAACGACGACUCCAUCCGCUACCCCUACAAGGCGGACACCAUCACCCAUGGCCUCAUGGCUGGGGUCACCAUCACCUGCACUGUUGUCAUUAUCUCAUCAGGGGAGGCGUACCUGGUCUACACAGAGCGCCUCUACUCCAAGUCAGAGUUCAACAACUACCUGGCUGCCCUCUACAAGGUGGUGGGGACCUUCCUCUUCGGGGGGGCCAUCAGCCAGUCCCUGACCGACCUGGCCAAAUACAUGAUCGGCCGUCUCCGGCCAAACUUCCUGGCCGUCUGCAAUCCCGACUGGUCCAAGGUGAACUGCUCCAUCUACGUGCAGCUGGAGAACGUCUGCCGGGGGGAGAGCAGGAACAUCACCGAGUCCAGACUGUCCUUCUAUUCUGGGCACUCCUCCUUUGGGAUGUACUGCAUGAUGUUCCUGGCGCUCUACGUGCAAGCCCGGCUGGUGGGGAAGUGGGCCCGGUUGCUGCGCCCCACCAUCCAGUUCUUCCUCAUUGCCUUCGCCAUCUACGUGGGCUACACCAGAGUGUCCGACUACAAGCACCACUGGAGCGAUGUGCUGGCGGGGCUGCUCCAAGGGGCUCUCAUUGCCGUCCUCAUUGUCCGCUAUGUGUCUGACUUCUUCAAGCACCGUCCCCCGCGGCAGUGCAACGAGAAAGACCCGGAGCGCAAGCCCAGCUUGCCGCUCACCAUGAGCGACCCCGACCGCAAUCACUACAGCUACCGGGGCGCCCCAUGAGCUGUGCGUGGGCCACGCGUGCCGGACUGCAGACCUGCCCCUCGCCGCGCUCCGCACCGCUCCUGGCGCGGGGGACAGGGACGCUGGCUCUGUAUUAACCGUUGGCUCCACAGCUCCGGUGCCUCUCGCUGCCGCAGGUACCUGCAGGACAGCCCUGUCCAUCCCCGCUCCCGCUGCGCCACGGCUCCUGGCUCCCCAUACCUGCGGUGCCUCUGUGCUUGCCGGUGCCCGGUGAUCCCAGCGCCCUGCCCGCGGGAAGGGGAGGUCCUCGAUCCUCUGUGCAUCUGAGUCACGCUCCAAGGCUGCCGUCCCAGCCCUCCACGUGAAGGGAGGGAGGGGAGGGUGGCACGUGGGGGUGGAUUUAUUGGGCUGGCAAACUGUGCCGAGCGAAGAGCAAACUCGUCAGGAAGUCUGAGGUUGCCUGUGCUGAGUGUGUGUUAUCCCUGUCAAAUUAUCCAGCCUUAUGAGUACAAAUCCUCACAAGCACAGGGGGAGGAGGACAGCUGCUGGGCUAGCAAUACUUUUUUGGAAAGGAUUAAAGCAAUCCAGAGCUCU